AUGGCUGCACGGUUUCUCGCUUUCACAAUACUGUUCCUGGGCCGCGGACACGCGCUGGACGCUUCUCCCUACGCGGACUACUUCCUUCCCACGCCCACCAUCGCGACGCCGCUCAACACGACCGCGGGCUUCGACAUUUUGCUCAAACCGACGACCCUCCGCCGCUCCUACGUCGCCCUGGCGCCCCACUUCGCGACGCAGUCCACCCAGAGCUACUGCGCCGUCGCGUCGAGCGUCAUGGCGCUGAACGCGCUGCCGGCCGUCGCCGCGCCCGUCGACGGGGCCUACGCGCCGUACGCGUACUGGACGCAGGGCGUGCUCGCGUCGACGAUGAAGGCCGUCCGCGACCCCAUGUACGGCAUGUCGCGCGACCAGCUCACGGCGGCGCUGGCGCUCGUGCCCGACCUCCGGGCGACGAACGUGAGCGCGACGGCCGCGUGGAACGCCUCGGCCGACGAGCUGCGGCGCCUCGUGAAACACGCGCUAGCCGACGACGCGGCGUCGCACGUGCUCGCCAACUUCUACCGGAAGGACCUCGACGAAGCGGGCGGCGGCCACUGGUCGCCCCUCGCGGCCUACGACGCCGACGGCGACCUCGCGCUCCUGUUGGACGUCGCGCGGUACAAGUACCCGCCCGUCUGGGUGCCGCUCGCGGACCUCGCCAAGGCCAUGGUCGCCGGCGACGCCGACAACGCCGGCGGCGCGCCGCGCGGCGUGCUCGUGCUGGAGGCGACCUAA